GGGGACUAGAGUCCUCUAUCUAUCUCUAUGGAUAGGGGGACAGGGAGACUGGAUAGGCAGUUGGUUUUGGGGAUUCGCACUGUUGACCCGACGUCACAAUCGGUGGGGGUUAUAAAAAUCCCCUGCAUUUAUACUGCAGUCAUUCGCAGUGAGAAAAGCCAUAGACAAAGCAGUCACACCGUACAUAAUUGGAACAGAGACAGCCAACAAAAUGACGACUGUUUACAUUGGAUUCCUUCUCCUUGCCAUGCUUUUUUCAUCACAGGUCCAUGCGCAAAACACUACCACACAGUCCCUUCCUACGAAUGUGACCAUGCUCAACGUCAGUACCACGAACGUCAGUACCACGAACGUCAGUACCACGAACGUCAGUACCACGAACGCCAGUACCACGAACGCCAGUACCACGAACGCCAGUACCACGAACGCCAGUACCACGAACGCCAGUACCACGAACGCCAGUACCACGAACGCCAGUACCACGAACGCCAGUACCACGAACGCCAGUACCACGAAUGCCAGUACCACGAACGUCUCCAUUCCUCAAGGAGCCAGUGUGACCUUGCAGUCCAGUGCAUUCACGCUCCUCAUCCCUGUGGUGGGCUCGCUCCUACAGGGCUGCUUCUAGAGGGUUCAUCUGUACUGAACAAAAGCCAAGACUAACAUCGGCAGCCUAGAUGUGCAAAUGUUUUACAAAGAGCACAUUAAUUCUUGGAAGGUAGCCAUUUGGCACCUAAGCUGUGGGAUUCGGUGGCACGGGCAAAAACACUUUUCUUUGUGCUCGCUCCUCCUGGCUGCUUCAAACCGUAGGCCUACACUCUGCUCACUGGACAAGCCCAUGGCUUGGCAACAAGCUGUCUCACUGCAGAAUGGAACAUUUGUCCAUAUACCUUUACGGUUUAGGCAUUAAUUCACAAAUGGGUAAGGUUUGGGAUAGGAUUAAGUCAUUUAAAGUGCCUGGCACUGGGAUUGAACACAUGACUAAUUCAUGGUAAUAGUGCUCACCGUUGCCCCUUGUGGCCAAUUUUGAAGUAAUCUCCUGACAUCCUGCUUACCUGGAAAGAUGUCUAAUUUUGCAGUGGUUCUUUAGUGACCUGGCUGUUGCCUCCAUGGAGGCAGGCCAUGAGGCUCUAUUAAACUCUAUUCUUUGACUCAAUAUUGUGUAAUUGCAGACCGCAAUUCAUGGGGUUUCUGGGUAUCAGGAGAAGCAUAUUGGUGCAUGCUUUUCCUGGUAAAACACCCUGAAUUUGUCCGUUCUGGUGUUGAGACCGUUUCUUGACAUUUGUUUACAUGGCAGGUAAGGAUAAUUAACGUGGCCGGUUAGGUGACUUGGUGUGCCAGGUUAGGAGAAUGAGGUAAAGGGUUUGCUUUAGAUACUGUUGUCCCCAACGUGAACUACAUGGCCACGGACCAGUGGUGCGCGUCAAUGGGUGUAACUUGAUUUCAAGAAACGCCCCUACUCCUUUGCUUCACUUGGUCCCACUGUUCCUGAUUUCAGACGGCAGAGUUUAACUUGUGUACAUUCUGGCUGUGCCUGGGGAAAUCAGCAACUGUUUGAGGUGCAUUGGAAAAUAACAGCCUAUAUUUGUCUGAUCUGUGGCACUUGUGUCCUUAACAGUGCUAUUCUUAAUCCUGCAACUGCAAUGGAUACUUUGUCAGAGGCUUGAUGUAGCCUACACUUGUGAUAAACUUAUUGAAUUUUAUAUUGUAAACAUGUGACUUAUGUAAGUCAGUGAUGCUUUUAGAUCUCUUUGUAUGUCAGGUUCAAUAAAGCUUUGAAAUGUG